GGUUAUUUCACAUAGUUUUUUCUCUUUAGGUUCAAGGUAUGCACUCUGAUGUUGCGAGUUUGAGCAAGGCUAGCAUUUGGCGUGAGGCUUCACGUAUCUUUUCUGAAGAAGGUAUUAGAGCAUUCUGGAAAGGGAAUCUCGUCACAAUUGUUCAUCGUCUUCCUUAUUCUUCUAUCAGCUUCUAUGCUUAUGAACGCUACAAGAAUUUACUCAAGUUGAUUCCUGGGCUACAAAGUAAUGGAGAAAACAUUGGUGCGGACCUUUGUGUGCGACUAGUAGGUGGUGGCUUGGCUGGAAUAACGGCUGCAUCCAUCACAUAUCCAUUGGAUCUAGUGAGGACACGUCUUGCAGCUCAGAGGAAUGUGACAUACUACAAAGGCAUUUGGCAUUCACUUUGUAUGAUUAGCAGAGAUGAGGGUGUUCUUGGCCUUUAUAAAGGGCUUGGGGCAACAUUGUUGGAGGUUGGGCCCAGUAUAGCAAUUAGCUUUUCUGGUUAUGAGACGUUGAGAUCUUCUUGGCAGUCGCGAAGGCCCCAAGAUUCUACUGUACUUGUGAGCCUAGCUUGUGGCAGUCUUUCAGGCAUUGCAUCAUCCACAGCUACAUUCCCUCUGGAUCUUGUAAGGCGACGGAUGCAGUUGGAAGGGGCAGCUGGUCAAGCCCGUGUCUAUAAGACAGGUCUUUUGGGGACUUACAAGCACAUUAUCAGGACUGAAGGCUUGCGGGGUUUUUACCGGGGAAUAUUGCCAGAAUACUACAAGGUUGUCCCAAGUGUGGUCAUUGUCUUCAUGACUUACGAAACACUAAAGAUGCUUCUCUCAGAUUGCCCUGACAAUUAGCUGUUGCAGCUGUCACUGCCAUUCUUAGGCUUGCUCCGAUCAUACGUCUAUGACUUCGUUGACCUGUUUCAUCUCUAUUGCCAAAUGGUGUAUAAUAGAUAUAGCUUGAUAGAAGAUGAGUUAUUUCAUUAUUUUUCAGUGGCGCCACUCAGAGAAACCCCUUGGGCAGUAAAUUUUGUGAUUGCUGCAGUGGAACCAACAUAUGGUCUUGUAAAGAUAGAACACUAUUGAAUCACAUUAAAUAUAUCCAAAAUGUUUAGUUCUUUCAUUAGU